GUGUCCAUUUACACAACCGCCUCGCGCGCUUUUCAGAUGCUCGGCGCGCUCCUAGUUUGACCACAGAGUAGAAGCGAAUCGUACAAUUCCCUGCCAUGCUUUCGAUCACCCUCUUGCUGCAUUUGCUCGCCUGCGCGAGCAGUGUACCUCUCGAGGAUUUCUUUCCUUUUGGCGAAGGAACCGGGGAUGUUAAGAUUCCAGACAGAAAGCAUAUGUUUGGUGAUGUGUUUAACCUCUACUCUACCUACUCGUUUUACAACCAAGACUACAACGAUCUACGGGUAUACACCGAUGGAAUUAUUACCCUUGGAAAACAUACUUUCUCCGAGGAAAGACACAGGAGAUACCCAUUUCCUCCUUCUACGCCAUCCAUUGCAGUGUUUUAUUCACCUGUGGCCCUGGUAGAUUCCAGUGCAAUAUUUUUUAGACAGACAAGGAAUGAAACUAUAUUAAAGAAAGCUUCAAAAUAUGUUCGAUCUAGUUUUAUCAAUAAUGAGGGAUUUCUAGCUAAAGGUGUCGUUAUCUCUACAUGGAAGGAUGUUGUACAGCGUUCCGCGGAUGGAAAACUUACCAACCAGACGAACACAUUUCAAGUUGUUCUCAUAACAGACGAGAUAAAUACGUUUAGUGUGUUUAACUACAAAGACGAUGGCUUACAGUGGAUCAAAGGCUAUCAUGUACGGUACCAGGGCAAAAGAUAUCGUGAUGCACAGGUCGGCUUCAGUGCGGGGGACCUAGUGAGGACAUAUCUAUUGCCCGGUUCAGGAACCGAAGAAGUCAGAUUCUUGUUUGAAAAGUCCAACGUACAGCAUGCAGGACAAUGGAUAUUCAAAAUUGGUUGGAAAAACAUGGGAACCUUGAAUGUGGAUGCAGCGGAUAGCUACAGCCCCAAGAACUCGAAAAUAUCGCGCUUUUUCAUACCUGACCAGUAUUUCCAAGGAUGUUUCAAAGUACACGGUUACAUUUCAUCUCGAAACACGAGUCAAAUAUGGCGCGGAGUGGGUAUUCGGUCAUGCAUGAUUCUCUGCCACCAGAGAAACCAAAAGUAUGCGGCGCUCCAUGACGGCAACGAAUGUGCCUGUAUGGGCGACAAAGAGUUUUGGGGGCUGCAGAAAUUGCCAACCUCGUCUUGUAAAGUACGAUGUGUUGUAAAUGAGGAGGAUUUCUGUGGUGGAAAAAACUCUGUUUCGCUGUUUUACGCUGUUGCUAGCUCCAUCUUGUCUGCUGAUGAGAAUUCUGAAAGAAUUGCUGAUAUCGAUGAAUGCGAAGACGGAGUAGCCCGAUGCCAUCCAAAUGCUAUAUGUAAGAAUAUCGCGCCAGGUUUCUGUUGCCAAUGCAACGAUGGUUACUUUGGAAAUGGUGUUGACUGUGUGAAGGAAGGCACUACAGUUCGUUUAAGUGGGAAGUUUUAUGGGAGUGUAAACAGUGUAGAAAUCAAUGGCCUCACCCUAGAUGUUAUCGCUAUCAGUAAAGAUGGUCGUGUCUACGCAGUGAUGCGGAACCCACCGCCCGCUUUAGUGCACUUUUUGAAGAUUCUUACUCCGUUAAUUGAUGCUGUUGGUUGGAUGUAUGGUGUGAGGAAAGCCAAGGGCGUUCCUAAUGGAUUCGGCGUCGUUGGAGCUAAGAUUAAAAGAAGUGUAGUUGUUACAUUUGACUCUGGUGAAGAAUUACGCAUAACUCAGAAGUUCAUGGGUAAAAAUCCCAGCGGUCGUCUUAAUGCCUUGGAUACGACGAUAAACGGAUCAAUUCCCAGCAUCGACCCUUACUCUGUCGUCAGAAUGGAACCUUUCAAAGUAGUGUAUCGACGCGAAGACCGUGGAAAAGUGGAAUCCAUAGGAUCUGUCGCGUUUCGAGUCGGAGAUGAAACUUAUGGCUUCUCAGUCCAGCAAAUUAUCGAAUACGAUGAGCUAAAAGGAUGCGGCCAUGGAUUCUAUAGCUUUGAUGUGGAGUCCAGAGUGCUGCUGACCAAAUAUGACUCCAAACAAAAGUAUUCAUCCGUGGCCAUCCUCUCUAAUAUCGUCAACGCUUCCCUGCCGGACGCUCAAGGCCUACAAGGGAAUGGUAAUCCGUGUGGGCUCCAAAAAGAGACUUGUCACUCAAAAGCAAAAUGUGUGAGUGAUAACGGUGUUGAGAAGUGUCGUUGUAACGAUGGUUACCAAGGUGACGGUGUCAAAUGCGAAGGAUUUCAGUGUCCUAAAUGUCAUCCAGAGGCAAAGUGCGUUAAGGGCGUGGCUGUUUGGCAAUGCAAGUGCAAUCCAGGAUUCCAGGGGGAUGGACUUAAUUGUGAACCUGAUGGUACGUGCGAGGGAGUGACAUGUAGUUCGAAUGCCAAGUGCCUAUAUACAGAGGAAAACUCGAGGAAAUGUGUCUGUGAUUCAGGAUACCAAGGCGACGGAGAGAGCUGCUCUCCCCGUGAUAAAUGUAAAGGGGUUACCUGUGGUGCCAAUGCUUCGUGCGAUUCCAUAGGAAACUGUGCUUGUGAGCGAGGUUUUCAAGGAGACGGACAGAAAUGUGAUGAUGUCAAUGAAUGUAAAGAACGCCCCAGCAAGUGCCACAAUGACGCUGACUGCUCAAACACCGUGGGCUCUUACACUUGCCAAUGUAAGGAAGGUUACCGCGGGGAUGGAUUUACAUGCGUUAAGGAUGAGGUGGUAUUGCUGUGCAAUGGUCAAAAAUGCCAUCCGCAAGCUCAGUGCCUUUCUUUUGAAAACGAGUUCAACCAAAGAUGUGUCUGUAGCAAUGGUUACCAAGGAGAUGGGGUCAGGUGCACUGAUGUUAAUGAAUGUUUAGAUAACGAUUGCGAUCCUUUCGCUGACUGCACCAACAAUGAAGGCUCGUACACUUGCAAAUGUAAGCAGGGAUACUCAGGAAGCGGAAAAGAGUGCACCAAAGAUUCCGACGGUGGUUGUAAUGGCAACAAGUGUCACCUGUAUGCCUCGUGUGAAGAAGAUCUUGACACGGGUAAAAAGGAGUGUCAAUGUCGGCUUGGCUUCAUUGGAAACGGGGUGGAUUGUGAAGACUUAGACGAAUGCGUUGUAUUGUUAAGCGAGGAAAUUUGUCCAGACAACAAAACCGAAUGCAGAAACAGUUUGGGAAGCUUUGAAUGUCUGUGCAAGCAAGGAUACAUGGAAGUCAACCGCAAGUGUAUCUCUGAUGACUCCUGCAUGGGUGUUCAGUGCCAUUCGGAUGCUAAAUGCGAUCCUAUCCGUGGUGGAUGCCUUUGCAAGCCUGGUUUCCAAGGGGACGGGAUUUUUUGCGAGGAUCAAAAUGAAUGCAAUGAUACUAGAAGUCCGUGCGACUUGAACGCAAAUUGCAUCAACACAAAUGGUCUUUUCGAGUGUGAGUGCAAAUCAGGAUUUGUGGGCGAUGGAUUACGGUGCGAAAGAGUCGAGGGUAGCUGUAAUGGCGUCGAUUGUGAUGCGCAUGCACAAUGUGUACAGCCCUUGGACGGUCCACCGAACUGUGCAUGCAUUAAAGGUUGGACUGGUGACGGGCAGACAUGCGCAGAUGUUGAUGAAUGUCAGCCCUUCGAGAAUUUGUGUCAUCCAUUAAGAGCUGAUUGCAUCAACACCGUGGGAUCAUACAACUGUCGCUGUAAGCCAGGCUACGAAGGAGAUGGCUUCAAUUGUAUAUCUGACGGUACUUGUGAUGGUGUUCAAUGUCAUGCUAACGCCACUUGCUUCAAGGCGUCUCCUGAGCAACGUGGAUCGUGUGUGUGCCGAGAUGGUUUGCAAGGCAACGGAACACAUUGCCAAGUUGCAAACUUAGGUUGUGGUGGAGUACCCUGCGAUGCUAACGCUAAUUGCACCCAGACGUCUUCGGAAGACCAGCCACAAUGCAUCUGUUUACUGGGGUGGACUGGUAAUGGUCAAACAUGUUUUGAUGUAGACGAAUGCCAGCCUUUCUUAAACAGCUGUCAUAGAAAUGGCGAGUGCGUCAACACCGAAGGUUCUUACCUGUGUCGCUGCAGGCCUGGUUUCCAAGGAGACGGACGUUACAGCUGUGUCUCGGACGAUACUUGUGACGGAACACGGUGUGACGCGAACGCCAGCUGUGUCUUCGACGAAGGCCGUCGACAAUGCGUUUGUAAAAGCGGUUGGACAGGAGAUGGAGCAAAUUGCUUUGAUGUUAAUGAAUGUGAGCCUUCUAAGAACACCUGCCACCUGGACGCCGACUGCAUUAACACCGAGGGAUCGUUUUCGUGCCGGUGCAGACGUGGUUACCGAGGCGACGGUAUUGCGUGCCUUUCUGAUGGUACCUGCGAAGGUAUAACUUGCGACUCUAACGCUGAAUGCAUCCGAGAGUUCCCCGAGCGACGCCGACAGUGCGUUUGUAAAGAUGGCUGGUUAGGUGACGGACGGAAUUGCUCUGAUGUUGAUGAAUGCCGGCUAUCUAAAAACAACUGCAGCUCAGACUCAGAGUGUUAUAACACCGAUGGUUCCUAUCUAUGUCGUUGUAGGCCUGGUUAUCAAGGAGAUGGCUUCGUCUGCGUUUCGGAUGGUUCAUGCGAAGGAGUGUUCUGUGACUCAAAUGCUGAAUGUCAACGAAACUCACCCGAAGGUCGUGGACAGUGCACGUGCAAAGAUGGCUGGGAAGGAGAUGGGCGAACUUGUUUCGAUGUUAAUGAAUGCCAGCCAUUUGGGAACAGAUGCCACCGAGAUGCGGAGUGCCUCAAUAACGAAGGCUCUUAUGAAUGUCGUUGUAGGCCUGGCUACAAAGGAAAUGGCUUCAGCUGCGUUUCGGACGGUACAUGUGAGGGUAAAAUUUGUGAUUCAAAUGCUGCUUGUUUCCGAAAGUUUCCAGAGGCGCGCCGACAAUGCCAGUGCCGAGAUGGUUGGCAAGGGGAUGGGUUUAGUUGUUCCGACGUCAACGAAUGUCAGUCAUCAAAUGAUACUGGCUGUCACUCAAAGGCGGAGUGCUUUAACACAGUAGGAUCUUAUGAAUGCCAAUGCAAGCCAGGUUACCUUGGUGAUGGCGUUAACUGCACGUCUGAUGGAUCGUGUGAUGGAGUCUACUGCGAUCCUAAUGCUGACUGCGAGGAGAGUUCUCCUGAUUUUGCACAUCAAUGCAUAUGCAGAAAAGGGUGGAGAGGGAACGGAACUAUAUGUGAGGACAUUGACGAGUGCUUAUCCCCAACAACCAAGUGUGACCUGAACGCUGAUUGUUUCAACAGCCCGGGUUCUUAUCAGUGUCGCUGCCGGCUUGGUUACCUUGGCAAUGGGACUCAGUGCAAAUCCGACGGCACGUGUGAUGGCGUGGUUUGUAGCCAACAAGGUGUAUGCGUGGCAAAAAUUGCAAGCAAGCGCGCCCAGCAUUGUGUUUGCGUAGAUGGUUGGAAAGGGGAUGGACGAAAAUGUGUUGACGUGGACGAAUGUCGAAUAAAUAGUAGCUGUCAUCAGCAUGCAGAUUGUCUCAACACUCCUGGAUCAUAUUCUUGCCGCUGUAGUCCUGGCUACCAAGGAAGUGGCUUUGAAUGUGAAUCUGACGGCACUUGUGCAGGUGAAGAUUGCCAUGUGAACGCCACCUGUCAAAAUUUGAUUCAAGGACCAAGCUGCGUGUGUAACAUUGGUUACCAGGGUCCUGGAACGUCCUGCGGUGAUGUCGACGAAUGCAGAACUGGUGACAGCGAAUGUCAUUCAGAAGCAGACUGCCUCAAUUCUAUUGGCUCCUACACAUGUCAGUGUAAGCCAGGUUACGAAGGCAGCGGAUUCACGUGUAAAUCCGAUGGCACAUGCGCCGGAGUAAGAUGUCACCCGGAUGCUACAUGCGAACCAAACUCGCCGCUUGGUCCAGUCUGCGUUUGCAAAGACGGUUAUCAAGGCGAUGGUCGAAAAUGUUCUGAUAUUGAUGAAUGUAGCAACGAUGUUGAUAAGUGUCACCCAGAGGCUGACUGUGCAAACACUUUGGGAUCCUACAACUGUUCUUGUAACCUGGGUUUUGAAGGAGACGGAUUCAACUGCAAACCGGACGGCACUUGCGCAGGAAUCGUGUGCGCCGCUGAUGCCGAAUGUUUGACGUUGUCAAACGGCGACAAAGUUUGUGAAUGUAAAGGCGGUUUCUCAGGAGAUGGUCUCAGUUGUAGAGACAUCGAUGAAUGCGCACAACUGAUCCACAAAUGCCACAGAAAGGCAACCUGCGUCAAUCGACCGGGCACAUACCGUUGCCGGUGUAAAAAAGGAUACUUUGGCGAUGGGUUCGACUGCUUAAGUGAUGGCACGUGUGAAGGUGUGGUGUGUGACCUCAAUGCCAACUGUGUGGCCCUCUAUGAAAGCGUCGAAUCGGAGAAAGAGUGUCGUUGUAAAGCUGGGUAUACUGGAAAAGGGAUAAUCUGCAGCGAUAUAAACGAAUGUCUGGAUAAAUCUGUCUGCCCUGAAAAAGCUGACUGUUUCAACUUGGCUGGAUCUUUCAUGUGCCAGUGCCUACCUGGUUACAAGAAGGUUGGAAAAACUUGCACAAAGGAAUGCAAACUUUGCCUGAAUGGUGGCUCUUGCUCUGAAAACAACACAUGCCAUUGCCCUCCCGGAUUCUCUGGUCAGCGGUGCCAGUGGCAUGGAGACGCUUCGCUCAUCUUCAGUAAAGGAAACAGUAUACAACGCAUGUCUCUUCCUCCAAGGCCAAAUGGUAUAGGAAUUAUUUACCAGCGGUCGGGCGCGGUACAUGUGGGAGUCGACUACGACUGUGUAGAGCAGCGCGUAUACUGGACCGAGGUCACAAAAGGGGUCAUCGUGCGUGCCAAAUAUGACGGAAGUGAAAUGGAAGUUAUUGUUGACAGCGAGAAGGUCGCAAGUCCAGAAGGGAUUGCGGUUGACUGGAUGGGAAGGAACAUUUACUGGACAGACUCGUGGCUUGAUGCUAUUGAAGUGGCUAAGCUUGAUGGGAGCCACAGACGUACGCUCGUCUCCUCUGACCUGGUUGAUCCAAGGGCCAUUAUCGUCGAUCCACCUAAUGGUAAAAUGUACUGGGCCGAUUGGAGCCGAAACCGACCUAAGAUAGAAGUUGCAAACAUGGACGGAACCGACAGGCGGAUCCUCGUAAACUCGCCACUCAGCCUUCCAAAUGGCUUGACAAUCGUCCACUCAACGAAUGAACUAUGCUACUCUGAUGCCGGCAUGUGGGCUAUUUCCUGUGUGAAUUUAGGAGACCUAAGCAUGCGCAAAGCAUACAACCCAGCUCCUUAUCCGUUUGGUAUAACCAAUUUCAACAGGACUCUGUUCUGGACGGACUGGACUCUUGGAAGAAUUCAGAGAAUGGGAAUGAACUCCAAGUUCCCUGACAAGCCUCUAAGGUCAUUUGUAGGAAGCAAUGGAAAGAUAUUCCACAUUAAAGCGGUCCAACCGUGUGGAAUGACAGCCGCUGCAAUCAAGAACCCAUGUGCUGAUGCAAACGGCAACUGCUUGGGUUUGUGCUUAUUGAAGUCGAAAACCUACACAUGUUCAUGUCCUGAUGGACUUCAUCUUGUAAAAGCUGGUAACGUAACUAAAUGUCAAGAUAAAUGUGACAGUGCCCUUGGAAUGGAAAGUGGCCUAAUUACUGAUAAACAGCUUGCUGCACACUCAGCCUGGAAUGGAAACCACGCUCGUUACGGCGCAUCACGCGCUCGAUUGCACUUGAAAGAAUGGCCUCAGGGAUGGAAUGCACAACAAUUUGACCUGUCACCGUGGCUACAAAUAGACUUGGAUACAGUGCGCACCGUUACCGCAGCAGCAACGCAGGGGUAUGGGGAAGAGAAAGAGAAACAAUGGGUAAAGACAUAUGAGCUGAUGACAUCUGUUGACGGCGAGAGAUGGACCGUUUAUAGAGAAGGAGGAAGGAAACGGAUUUUUUUAGGGAACGUAGACACAGGAUCGGUAGCACGAAACGAACUCAAGAUGCCGCUGAGGACUCGCUGGCUCAGGAUCGUCCCUCGUUCAUGGAACAAUCAUAUUGGAAUGCGGGUGGAAUUCUACGGCUGCUGAGAUGACAAUGAAACGACCAACAUUUCCAAGCGGCAUAGAAAGACGGUUACACAAAUCAUUAUCGGCAACAGCAAAGGCAUACAGAGAAAGAUCAAUAACACCGUGACCUUCCUGGAAAGAGCUGAAUCUGAAACCUGUAGCAAAUGGCUUGACUGUAUUUUUCUUUUUUUGGAUGGAUAAAAGCUAGAUGAAGACUUAUUUGUAGACCUAGAUGGCAGUGCGAACUAUUCAUGUCUCAGUACAAGUAUACAAUAGUACUUCGAACUGCCUGCUCUGAAUAUCAACCACCGGAAUAGAUGAAUAUUGUUACAAGAGUUCGUUAAAGAAACACUCCAUUAUGAUAAUUAUUGAUAUGCUCGAUAACAAUUUAACCAAGUGAUGAAUUGUAAGAUUUUCUUAGGAUAUUAUCUGAGACCUUUGUUAGCCUCUAAACUUGCAAAAUCUGACAAGAACUCGUGUGCUGCGUUACAAUGUCUUUGACAUUAGAUCCGAGAGUUUCGUAUCUAAUCGAAGCAACACCCAAAAGACGAUGCGUUUGUCAAUUCUAGACACAUGUUUUCUCUGUUAUUUAUCCUGAUUACUUUUGAAAUAAAAAGUAGCAUAUCUAUCAUUUCCAGGAGAUAAAGUGCUAAGGUUGGACGUCAAUUUCAACUGCAAUAUUCCAAAGUCCGUUGAAGCGAGCUAGUCACAUAAGCUUUAAAUGUUUUAAUGUCGUUUGACUAUUACAUGUCAGAAAAAAAAAUUUCCCGGUCAAAUGUGUCAACGAUUAGAAUUCUUAAACAACAUUAGUACUAUAGUUGUAUCUGGAUGAAAUAGAAUAAAGUUUUGUGAAGACCUUGGUAAA